CCUUGGUUGUCAUCACGCCGAAACGGGCGCAACCCAAACUCCCCGCCUUUGCGCCCCGCUCCCGAAACGACCGACCCGCUCCUCCCUCCUCUCCGGCGCGUCCAACCUAGUGCUCCGGCUACCUUUCCGGCGGCGGCGCGAUGGGUGAGCGGAAGGUGCUGAACAAGUACUACCCGCCGGACUUCGACCCGGCGAAGAUCCCGCGGCGGAAGCAGCCUAAGAACCAGCAGAUCAAGGUGCGCAUGAUGCUUCCCAUGAGCAUCCGGUGUGGCACCUGCGGCACCUACAUCUACAAGGGCACCAAAUUUAACUCGCGCAAGGAGGACUGCAUCGGCGAGACAUACUUGGGCAUACAAAUAUUUAGAUUUUACUUCAAGUGUACUAGGUGCUCAGCUGAGAUUACCUUCAAAACAGACCCUCAGAAUUCAGACUACACGGUAGAAUCUGGGGCUAGUCGCAAUUUUGAACCUUGGCGUGAAGAGGAUGAGGUUGUGGAUAAAGAGAAGAGGAAGCGAGAAGCGGAGGAGAUGGGUGAUGCAAUGAGAGCACUGGAGAACAGAGCAAUGGAUUCAAAGCAAGACAUGGACAUACUUGCUGCUUUAGAAGAGAUGCGGUCGAUGAAGUCUAGACAUGCUGGAGUCUCCGUUGACCAGAUGCUUGAAAUUUUGAAGCAUUCCGCUCAUCAAAAGGAGGAAAAAACAGUAGCAGAACUAGAUGAAGAAGACGAAGAACUCAUCAAAUCAAUCACUUUCAGAAACUCGAAAGAUUAUGUUAAACGGAUCGAAGACGAUGACGACGACAAUGAUGACAAUUUUGGUAUACCAGGACAGUCAAGUGUCACGUUAAAGAUUAAUGGACCUUCUGAAUCAAUGACGAAUCCAACAGAUGUCUUGACCAAAGCUAAUGGACCUGAGAGUGCCAAUAAAGAAGGAAACAAGAGCUUGGCAUCUAAGAUGCCCAAAUUCAUAGUAAAACCAAAGCCCGCUGGUGCAAAUCCUCAGAAGAAACAGAAGACGGAAACCGACGCCGUCCAAGAUAACGGCAAAGCACCGGCUGCUGAGAAUAAAAAGGAAGCUUCAGUAGAGAAGACCAAUGUUCUUCAGUCCCUCUGCCAGUAUGAUGAUAGCGAUGAAAGUGAUGACUGAAGACAAGACAAACCCCUGAAACACGGAUGUGUUAGUCUAAGUCUGUAAAUUGUCUUCUCUCGCAAAAUCUCUGCUGCCAACUGUAAGUCCGCCAUGUUGAAAACCUAUGGCAACUAGUAAUAGUUUAGACUCCAGAUAGAGUUGUGUUUGGGAUAAAUUUGUAACUUUAACAAAUUCAGAUUUUGUUUCAAAAUUGAUAUUUUUCUAUUUAUUUUUUUGAAAUUGAGAUUAUGGAUGCAUCACUGCCAUCUC